UUUUUUCUAAGCUUCCUAAGAGUUUGCAUACAAUUGUCAAAUGCUGGCUAUUUUAAUCUUUCAGGGGGACAUAUAGCUGCUGUCAUAACGAGAUCUGCUGUAUGACUGCAUGUUAUUAUAGUCACGUUUGUUCUGCAUUUAAGGUCUGGAUAUUAUACCUUCUAAAGUAGCAUCAUGAAAUCUAUGAGGGAAGUUAAUCUGGAUACAUACAGUUUGUCUUUACUUACGGCAAAAGAAGACAUCCUGAAUCCACGCUCGUCAACAAACUGGGCUCUAUUUACCUAUGAUGGAAUAAUGAACAGACUCAAACUGGCUGAUUCUGGAGUAGGUGGAUUGAAAGAGUUGAUGGCUAAACUUCACCCUAGACUGCCGCUUUAUGGGAUGUGUAGGGUGGGCAAAGCUCAACCCCGCAUCGCGAUGAUAUUAUGGGUAGGAAAUGAAGUGGAUGAGUACCGCAGAGCUGAGUGUGCCAGUCAUUUACCAGCAAUCAGGGCCUUCUUUAAGGAAGUUCACAUCUUUCUUCCUGCCCACACUUUGGAUGAAAUCACAGAGGAGAGGAUCUGUACGCUGGCUCAUAAUGCUGCAGUGGUGACGCAGGGGCAGAGAGGGAGACCUGGCCGCCGGACAGGAGACGGACAGGCCAUCGUGGGCACUAAUUACAAGCGAACAAUCGCAGCUGCAGAGAUCCAGAGAAUUCAGAGAGAUUCUUUUUGGGCACAAGCGGAGAGAGAAGAGGAGGAAAGGAAAAAGGAGGAACAGCGGAGGGCAGCAGAGGACAGGAGGCAGAGAGAGAAAGAACGAAUGCUUCAGGAAAGGAGAGAUGCAAUAGAGAGAGAGAGGAGGAUGAAUGAAAAAGAACAGAAAAUAAAGGAGCAGAGGAGAAUACAGGCGCAAAUGGAGGCAGAGGCCAAGAAACGGGAGAAAAUAAAAUGGGAGCACGAGGAAAGGGAGCGUGAAGAAGAGGAAAUUAGAGCUAGAUAUUCACGCUCUCAAUCAGAGGAAAAAGCUGCGGAGGCAGCAGCUCUGGUGUCUCAGCGUGCUUUAAACCCAAGAGAGUUUUUCAGACAAAUGUCCUUCUCAAGUGUCCACACAGAUUCCAGUCCCAGCUCCCCAUCUCCAGUCAGGAGUCCCUAUAGACGACUGCAUCGCAGUCAGACAGACAGUAUCUUCAGUUUCAAUGAAUCCCCUUCUUCUAGACCUACAUCUCCAUACAGAUCAUCAGUGGUGUCACCUUAUUUUCCGUCGACUCCCACAUCCCGGAGCCCAAUCCUUUUCACUAGCACUAUGGCUCCCUCGCUUCAGAAUGGUGCAAUGGUAUCUACCAAAAGCCAGAUCCAGCUAUCUUCACCUAAGACGAUGGAGCCACGGCUCCAAACUCAACCAUCACCUACAACCAAUGCAACUGAAUCUGAUAUACUAGAUAGUCUGGUCUUUUAUCCACCUCCACCGACCCCUGAACAGCUCCAACCAGAUGAGUCAGAGAUAGUGGAUGAGUUUCCUCCACCUCCCCCUGGUUUUGAGAAUUCACCUGAACCAUCUGUGAACCAGCCUGAGACACCUGACCACCCCUUAGGCCCUCUUCUUCCUCCUUCGUGUGUUUUGGUACCUGAGCCACCCAGCAGGCCACUUCCUGCUCUGCCUGUUGCUCCACAAAUGAUGAAAGAUCUGGAAGCGGAGAGGGAUUUUACUGCUCGGGCAUUGGUUAUAUCUACGGUUGAGGAGGAGGAGGAUGAAGGGAAUGGAGAAAAAGAGAUGAAAUACGAGGGGAAAGAUGCAACUGAAGAAGAAGAAGGGAAGGGAGGUGGAGAACAGAGAGUUGAAACUGAAGAGAAGAAGAACAGAGGACAAGAGGAACAUGAUGGGAUGACUUUGGAAAAACAUGAAAGUGAAAAAGAAUCAAAUGGUAAAAUGAUGGAGAGAUAUGAGAGUGGAAAAGAUGGGAAAAUGUUGGAAGAAUGCGAGAGCGAAGAAAAACAAGCUGCAAACAUUAUGAAAGAACAUGAGAGUGAAGAAGAUAAAGUUGGGAAAACUGUGGAAGAAUUUGAGAGUGGGAAAAUUAUGGAGGAACAGGAGAGUGAAAAAAUAAGGUUAGAAUGUGUGCUAGAAAAAGAGCAGGAUAGGGAAAUUACAGAAAAGCAUGAGGAAGAUCGAAAAUAUGUGGAAGAACAGGAAAAUGAAAAAAAGAUGGAAGAAUAUGGGAAUGUUGUGGAAGCAUUCGACAGUAAAAAGGAACAAGACAAGAAAAACAUGGAAGUAUUUGUGACUGAAAAAACACAAUGUGGGAAAAUUAUGGAUGAAUGUGGGCAAGAUGGGAAAAUCAUAGAAAAAUGUGAGGAAGAACAUGACAGUGAAAAGGAAAAACAGGAGAAAUGUAUGGAAGAACUUGCGGUUGAAAAAAUACAAAAUGCAAAAGUGAUGUUACAGUAUAUGAGAAAAGAUGAGCAAGAUGCGAAAAUUGUGGAUGCAUUAGACAAUGAAAAAGAACAAGAGAAGAAAAGCCUGGAAGUAUCUGAAACUGAUAAAACACAAUAUGCAAAAAUGAUUGAAGAAUGUGAGCAAGAAAAUGAGCAAGAGGGAGAACAUGACAGUGAAAAGAAACAAGCAGGGGAAAUUAUGAAAGAACAGGAGGUUGACAAAAUACAAGAUGGGAACAUCACGGAAGAACAUGAAAGUGAAAGGCAAGAAAAUGAGGAAGAUGGGGAAACUGUUGAAAAAUGUAAAGAGGAAUAUAAGAGUGCAAAUGAAAUUGAUGGAAAAAUGAUGGAAGAACAUGGAAGCAAAGAACAACAAGAUGAGAAAAUUAUGGAUGCAUUUGACAGUGAUGAAGAACACGAUGGGAACAUCAUGGAAGAACAUGAAAAUGAAAGGCAAGAAAAUGAGGAAGAUGGGGAAAAUGUUGAAAAAUCUGAAGAAUAUAAGAGUCCUAAAGAAAUUGAUGGGAAAAUGAUGGAAGAACAUGGAAGCAAAGAACAACGAGAUAAGAAAAUGAUGGAUGCAUUUGACAGUGAUAAAGAACAAGAUGGGAACAUCAUGGAAGAACAUGAAAAUGAAAGCCAAGAAAAUGAGGAAGAUGGGAAAACUGUAGAAAAAUGUGAAGAGGAAUAUAAGAGUGCAAAUGAAAUUGAUGGAAAAAUGAUGGAAGAACAUGGAAGCAAAGAAAAACGAGAUGAGAAAAUGAUGGAUGCAUUUGACAGUGAAAAAGAACAAGAUGAGACAAGCAUGGAAGUAUUUGAGACUGAAAAAUUACAAUAUCCGACAAGGAUGGAAGAAUGUGGGCAAGAAAAUGAGCAAGAUGGGAAAACUGUGGAAAAACAUGAAACUAUGAAAGCAUGUGAGCAAGACAAAAUAAACAUAGAAAAAUGUGAGGAAGAACAUGAAAGUGAAAAUGAAGGUUGGAAAGUUGUGGAAGUGUUUGAGACUGAAAAAAUGCAAUAUGUAAAAAUGAUGGAAGAAUGUGGGCAAGAAAACGAGCAAGAUGGGAAAACUGUAGAAAAACAUGAAACUAUGAAAGCAUGUGAGCAAGACAAAAUAAACAUAGAAAAAUGUGAGGAAGAACAUGAAAGUGAAAAUGAAGGUUGGAAAGUUGUGGAAGUGUUUGAGACUGAAAACAUACAAUAUGUAAAAAUGAUGGAAGAAUGUGGGCAAGAAAACGAGCAAGAUGGGAAAACUGUAGAAAAACAUGAAACUAUAAAAGCAUGUGAGCAAGACAAAAUAAACGUAGAAAAAUGUGAGGAAGAACAUGAGAUUGAAAAAGAGGAUGAUGGUGAAGAAAAAGACUGGAAAACCCUGGAAAUGUUUAAGAGCGAAAAGGGGCAAGACUGUAAAAUUGGGGAAAGAAAUGAAAAUGGGAAAGAACAAGAGGGAGAAAAAGAACAGGGUUGGAAAAUGACAGAAAACUGUGAGAGUGAAAAAAUACAAUAUGGGAACAUCCUGGAGGAACACGAAAGUGAAAACAAACAAGAUGGGAUGAUUGAAAACCAACAGGACAUACAGAACCAAGAUAAGGAAGGAAUGUCACAUGUGGAUGUAGAUAAAGCAGUGAACGUGACUGUGCUCAGGAAGGAGGAAUCAUACACAGAGAUUUUAAAGAGGGAUGGGACAACAGAAGUAGGUUUCGAAAAUGAGAAGGAACCUUUAAUCCAGACUGAGGAGGCUGACACAGUUUUUUCCCAGCAUGCACCACUGUUCCCAGAAUCGCCAUCUCCAAUCAAUGACGCAUGUAUUCCUGAAAGUAUUUCAAACACUCAAGAUAAAAAUGAGCCACAGAUGUGCUCAACCCAUACUUCAUCCCAAAUAAACUUACCAGCCAUUCAGUUCGAGUCAGAUCUUUCUAGUUUGAGCAAUCAAAGCGAUUCAGACAUAAAAGGGAAGACUGAAUCUAUUGAUUCUCAAGCUUCCUCCGAGAUCUCCAAAAACAGCCCAGACGCCACAUCAGCAGAACAGACUCCUGAAGUGAGGGAUGAACAACAGACAGAUGCAGAAAGGCUUCAAGAGGAUAAGAUUGUGGACGGCAGCAAUGAUUCGGCUGAGGGGAUUGAUGCUGAGUCCAAGACAUCACCUUUAUCUGAGAAUCAAGCCAGGACUGGACAAUCAGAUGAGGGGGAGGGGCUUGUACCUGUCAGUCAUUUCCCAGAAGACACAGAUUCUGCAGUGGACCUAAAAUAUUGUAUUACUCAUCAGCUGGAUCCGACCAAUGACAUACGUGAUGUUAAAGAGGGAGAAACGGCUAUAUCACUCCUGGCCAGUGACACAGAUGUGGAGCAAAACCUAAAAUGCGAUACUGACCCCGAUCAAGUGAAUAAAGACGUUAAACGUGAAAUUCUGCAGAACUGCGAAACCAUCUCGGAAACACCCAACGACAGGAGGAAUGAUAAGACAGCCGAUGAAAAAUAAAGAACAUAAUUGGAGCCAUCAUGGGAACUCUGCAGCAAUCAUAGAGGAGCCCGUUUGGAGAAAUAUGACCAAAAGAUGUUUCUCUUAAGCAAACACUGAGGGUCUUUCAGUGAUUUUCUUCAGAUUAUUCUUAAAUGUUCCCAAUAAUGCAAUAUAUGUAUCUAGCACACGUUCAUGACUGUGUCCACAAAUGCACUCAAUAUACAAAGGGCUCCAAAUAUUUGAGACCACACUGAAAAUUGGGAAUAUUUUCAAAGAAUUCUUAAGAAUAUAAAAGAGAAAAAUAUUAUGGUGUAAUAUUAAGAAGCUGUAUUUCUCAAAGUCAUGCUGGAAAACAUAAUCAUCAUGACAUACCAAAUACUGAGACAUCCUAAAUUCAAGUUCAUUUUUUUCUGUUCAGCUUUCCACUUAAACUGUUAUAUUUAACCAAAAAAGGCACUAUAUUAUAAAAGAAGCAUUUUCACAAGUGGACUCCACUGUUGGUUAUGUAUAGUUACAGAGCAUAUUUAUUAUUCAUUUUUCCUUUCAAGCAAAAUUAACUUGCUAGAAAUGUUGUAUCUGUAUAAUGGUUCUUACUUUCCAAUAAAGGUUUCUCUGCAACCAUCUGACAAAAUAGUAAGUAUGGUAUUGCAGGCUAUUCAUGUGA